AUGCUAAGUGGGAACAAUGCAAACACUGUACCACCGGUUUUCAUGAAUGAGAACCAGUUGCAAUACCAGUCAAACACACAAUCGAAUCAGCUUCACUUGCUCGGAACCAUGGGAGGUGGGUGCACUGUUGAUCCAGUAAACUAUUUCGCUAACGAGAAUCUCGUUCCAAUGAUUCGGCCCAACAAAAGAGGAAGGGAAGUCGAAAGCUUUAGUAAUAUCCAAAGGCAACAGAAGCUUCAGAUAUCUUUGAACUAUAAUCACAACAACAUUAGUGUUCCAGAACAAGUCUCCACUGGUCUUAGGCUAUCUUAUGAUGACGAUGAACGCAACUCUUCAGUGACUUCUGCUAGUGGUGGCAUUGUAGCUGCUUCUACGAUCUUUCAGUCACUCGAUGAUAGUCUUCGGGUGGACCUCCAUAGACAAAAAGAUGAGCUUGACCAGUUCAUCAAGAUCCAGGCGGCUCAAAUGGCGAAAGGAGUGAGGGAUAUGAAACAGAGACAGAUUGCGUCUUUUCUCAACACAAUAGAGAAGGGAGUGAGCAAGAAGCUGCAAGAGAAAGACCUCGAGAUCGAUAACAUGAACAAGAAGAACAAGGAGCUCGUGGAACGGAUUAAGCAAGUGGCAACGGAAGCUCAGAAUUGGCACUACAGAGCAAAGUACAACGAGUCUGUGGUUAAUGCCUUGAAGACAAAUCUACAACAAGCAAUGUCACAAAACAACAACAAUGUGAUUGGUGCUGCAGAUCAAGGCAAAGAAGGGUUUGGAGACAGCGAGAUAGAUGAUGCAGCUUCGUCAUUCAUUGAUCCAAACAACAACCACAACAAAAACAUGGGGACUCAGAGGAUGAGAUGCAAAAUGUGCAAUGCGAAGGAAGUAUCGGUGUUGGUUGUGCCUUGUAGGCACUUGAGUUUGUGUAAAGAAUGUGAUGUAUUCACUGGGAUAUGUCCUGUAUGCGAGUCUUUGAAAACUUCUAGCGUUCAGGUCUUCUUUUCCUGA